UCUUCUUCGGUUUACUUCUGUAUUGAGUUUUGAGGAGGCGACUAAACGGUUAACUUGUGGUGUCUAUGCUGUCCUCACGGGGGUCCCACGGUGUUUAAAACUGUGACAAGGGUUCUUCGAGUGACCGUGUGGAAGAAAAAGUAGGGAGCUCCGUAGUGUUGGUGGUAGCGGAGUGAACGCGGCGAGGAGUCCGCUCAAGCGGCACUGAGCCCCGGCUUGCCGGCGGGAUGGCAGCCGUGAAGGCUCUCCAGCAGUGGUGCCGUCUCCAGUGUGAAGGCUACCGGGAUGUGUCCAUCAACAACAUGACCACGUCGUUCCGGGAUGGGCUAGCUUUCUGUGCGCUCAUCCACAAACACCGACCAGAACUCAUUAAUUUUGAGUCCUUGAGGAAAGAAAAUGUCUAUGAGAACAACAACCUGGCAUUUAAGGUUGCUGAGGACCAGCUUGGAAUCCCUGCACUCUUGGAUGCGGAAGAUAUGGUGGCUCUCAAAGUCCCAGACCGCCUCAGCAUCCUUACAUACGUCUCCCAGUACUAUAACUACUUUCACGGACGUUCCCCAAUUGGCGGCGCAGCCGCUGUAAAGCGGCCUGCUGAGGUACCCGCUGGUGGGCCAGCUGGGAAGAAGAACCAGCCGGUGGUCUCUAAGGUGUUCAAGCCGGCUAAGGCGAACAACCCCCCACUUUCUUCUGACGUCACACGUCACACAGCCUCUUCCUCAAGAAUCACUGCACAGGAGUCGCCAGUGGAUAAAUCCCAGCAGAUAGGAACUCUGAGUAACAAGUGUGUGUCAUGCAACCAGCACGUUCACCUGGUGCAGCGACAUCUGGUGGACGGGAAGCUCUAUCACAGGAAUUGUGCAAGGUCACUGGCUCCUUCAAACACAAGUACACCUCUAAGAGAUGCUCCCUCCAGUGUCUCUUCUCCAGUAGACCUCACUAAAAGCAACACAGUGACCCCCACAGCUCCAACCAGACUGGGCCCCUCAUUGCUGGUCCAGAAACCAAGCACUCCUUCAACUAUCUCCAUCACGUCUUCAUCUCCUCCUUCAAGUCUCCCCACGCCAGCUAAGGAGAGUAAGGGUCCUGUCUCCAAACCCUCAUCUACCAUCAUUACACCUGCCCCCAUCAUCACCCGGCCUGUGGCUGCACCUCGGACCUCUACUACAGCGGCCAAGACCAUCCAGUCCAAGCUUAAGUUCUUCCAGGCAGAAAGCGAUAACAAAAAGCCUGUAGCCAUGAUAGUGGAACCCCGGAGAGGUGAAAAGUGUACUGAUCCCACCCAGGAAACCAAAGGAGGUCAGACUGUGCCUGGAGCUAAAAAUCAAGUAAAGGUGGAGGAACACAAAGUAAAAAAGGCCGGCGACGAAAAUAGUAAAAUGAAGGCUGCAGAAACCUCAAAGAAACUCUCAAACGAGGAAAACAACAACAAUAGUAAGCCAAUGCCAAAGUCUGACCUGCCAAAGCAAACUAAUGUAACCUCUCAGGCAGUCAAGAAGUCCACGGAAGGCGGAAGAGGCAGGGUGAGGCUCAAAGUCAACCCAUCCAUCCUGGCCGACUUGCAGCUUUCACCCUCAGGGGAGAGCCUACCCUCAGGCAGCACCAGUGAGCCCAGAGCCAGAACUCCAGACAGACGCUCCAAACCUGCCAGAGCAUUACCCAACACUUCAGAAGAAGGUGGAGACACCCUUUUCAGACGGCCUCGUCAAACGCUGACAUCUCCAAGGCAACCGCUUGUUGUUGUAACACCGAUGUGUGUGUUCUCAGCUUCAGCAGACAAGGACAUGCCCACAGAGUGGAGGGCCAGGCUUAAACCCAUCUCCAAAGAAACAAAAGCUGCUGACUCAACCCAAUCACCUGCUAAACUGCAGAUGAACGACACUGGAAAAUCACAUGUGUCUCUAAGGCCUUUGGUGGACCCUUCUCAUCCUUCCGGCAUCUCUGUCACCUUCCCGCAAUCACAAGGCCUCAGUAAUGGCAGAAGUGACACCACAACAACAAAAACAAAGGUUUUAAAGACAAAGCCAGACUUCAUCCCCAAAGAGGCCAUCAUGAAGGAGCUGCAGGAGAUCGAAGAUAACCUCAACCAGUUGGAGAAGAGAGGGGUAGAGCUGGAGACAAAGCUACGCCACAGUGAAGACGAGGGGCAGGAUGACUCUCUCAUGGAUGAGUUGAUGGUGGAGUGGUUCAGCCUGAUCAGAAACAAGCAGGUGGCCAUGCGACGGGAGUCCGAGCUUGUCUACAUAGGGAAGACCCAGGAUUUGGAGGAGCAGCAGCCCAGUGUUGAACAGGAGCUCAGGAAGCUGAUAGACAAACCAGAACAUCUGAAGACUGUGUGGGAGCGUACGCGAGAAGAACAGCUGAUGAGCAAAUUGGUGGAAAUCGUCAAUGACCGCAAUGCUAUUGUAGAAAGUCUGGAUGAAGACAGGCUCAGAGAGGAAGAGGAAGAUCAGGAGCUGAACAAGCUGAUGAUGAAUUUCAGUGUUAAAAAAGACAAGAAGAAGUUUUCCAUGCCCAAACUCUUCACGUGGGGGAGCAAGAAGGAAGCGUGACACCAUUUAAACAUGUUUGUUGCUAUUCCUCUGGUGCCUUUCAUGUCAGCGACUCUACUACUUUGUCAGUGGACAGCUGUCAGUGGACAACUGACACACACUGUGUGUGUGUGUCUGUCUGUGUCUAUCCGCACACGCAUACACAGACAGAUCUGAGGGGUUAAUGAUACACUAUGCGAUUGGGUUCAUUGCUCCAGUUGUAAAUUGUAAUCCGCUUGCAGUCUUAAUUUGUCUAGUUAUUACAUCCACAUGCGUGCGCACACACACACACACCGAGCAGGCAUGUCGGUUGUGAACACUAAUAUGACUAAUAGGAGCCAGAGGAACAAGACAUUUUUCCGCCGUUUUAAAGCUGCUUUUUGCACUCGGGUCUGUUGUUGGGUCAGUGUCACACACUGCAACUUCCCUUCCAGUCAUGUCGUAUGUUGGGUGUGUUUCAGGUUCAUCUUUUGAAAACCUACUGUAACUUGGGUGAAAAGAUUCAACUGACUGGUCCAAAGAUGAGAUGUUGGCUGACUUUAGUGAUCCACAUUGGAUCUGAAUGAAUUUAAAACACGUGAAGGCUCUGGAGCGUCUUUUUGUGUGCACACGAUUUAACAUUGUAUUUAAGUUACGUUUACGCCUUUUCUUCUCCUUCUAUAAAGCUGCAACUUAGAAAUUUUAUCAUUAAAUACUGAAAAUUGACCUGUAUGUUUAAUGUUUUGUUUUAUUUAAAAUAAUAUUGUGGAUGAGCAUCUGUUGUUCAUUAAUUAAAAUAGUGAAACUAAUUAUUUAAAAUAAAAUGAUCAAAAUAAUUACAAUUAAAUACACAAAAUUCGUGGAAAAAAUAUUGCAGUGUGUCAUCGUCCAAUUUAAAAAAAGAAAAAAAAAAAAAGAAAAAAAAAAAAAGAAAUUAAAAUUCCACACCAUAACAGAAUUUUAAUAUUUAUAUUGACUGUACUUGUGUUUAACAAAUACACCAAAAUUACACUGAGGACACCCAACAUUUACAUUUACACCUGCACAUUAUAUUUACAAAAGCAAUUAAAAAAGCUAAUGCUCAUUUUGUGAUUGUGGUUAUAGUCUGCAGUGUUGCAUUGAGAUGCACUUAAAUGGGGUAACCAAAAUAUUAGAAACAGCUCAGUACAAUGCAGUGCAGUUCUACACCGCCGUGAACUACAAUCACAAGAAUCAACUUGUUGUUAUAUCUCCAAACUGAGAAUUAUUGUCCUUGUAAAGGCUGAUUUUUAAAUCCAAUUCUUGUAUUUUUUCUCAUUAGAAAUGUGCAAGUCUACGUUCAGUACAUGAAUAACAGGCUGCAGCGAUGAUGCCUUGCCACUAUGGGGCAGCAUUUGCCUUUUCACAUUGCGUCUGUGAUGAACCUGGCAGCCUAAUGACUUAGCAAUGCAGAAGACACAUAUUUAGCAAUAUUUAUGCGUUUUAUAGUGUGUUUUUUGUUGCUAUACAGUAACAAAAUGGGUAAUAGUUCAGGAAGCUGUUGAUGACUGCUUUAUCUAAGUGCAGCUCUGUGUUGUGUUUGCCUUUUUUCUUGUGUCUCUUUCAACACUUAAGAUAGCAGCAGCACUGGAAAAACCAUCACAGGCCAGGAAACUCCUCAUGGACCCUUGGAUGUCGCCCGUGGCAACCCCUUCACAUGUGGUCUCCGCGCACAGGCGCACACUCAUAUUACAGGCAGGAGAAUCAUUUGAGUAUUUUUGCUUGAUGUCUCACUCUUUGUGUUUCUUCAAGUGUGUGUGACAUGAGGCGUCAAAGAGUGAGAAUAGUCUGUGUGCAGAAGACACUUUAAGCUUCUUAAAAGAUGUUUUUUUGUGUGAGUGAUGUGAAUGGCAGAGAGGAUUCAUGCUCGAUCAAUCCCCAGCAUCAUUUAUCUGUGAGGAUAAAUAUUUCUUCUCACACUCACUUUGUAAAACACCAUUACAACCGAGAAUGCAUGGAAUGCUGCCUGAUUAAGUAUUGGAGUUUCUAAAGAACGCUGAAGGGACAAAUGCAAGUAUGAAAUGAAAGCUAUUUAAGAGUGUCUUUAUUCGUGUUACGCAGUUUCAAAACAGUGUGAUGAUAAUAUACAGUCAUGGAAAAAUAAUUAGACCACCCUUGUUUCUUCAGUUUAUUGAUCCAUUUUAAUGCCUGGUACAACUAAAGGUACAUUUGUUUGGACAAAUAUAAUGAUGAUAACAAAUAUAGCGCAUAAGAGUUUAAUUUAAGAGCUGAUAUGUAGCAACUUCCAUGGUUUUCUUGAUCAUAACCAAAAUCAACUAAGUUCUUGGAUAAUAGCUAUAGCAUAGUACUGCCAAAAUAUUUAACUCUUAUGAGCUAUUUUUGUUAUAUUUAUUUAUAAAUAUAUUUAUAUUAUUUACAUUUGUCCAAACAAAGGUACCUUUUAACAAGAAACUGAAGAAACCACGGUGGUCUCAUCAUUUUUUCCAUGACUGUACAUGACAUAUCCAUGUGAACAUUGUUUUAUGUUAGUUUUGUCUUUAAUGGGAUAUUGUUGACAAAAGAAUGUAAGUGAAAACUUAACUUGAACUGUUUAUACACUCCUGAUCAAAAUUUGAAGACUAAUUCCAAAUGGCCAAUUUUGUGGCAUUGACAGAGACAAAGUCUUAGACGUUUUUUUCAUUUUUAAAACCUUUCGGUGGCACAUGCACUUGGCACCAGUAAGAACCUUCAUUUGGGCAGAGGAUCGUCCCAUGUCUUGACGGACAACCAAUCGGAUCCUCCGGCUCAAGGCCGGAGAAUUUUUUUUUUUGGGUCUAUCACUGACAUUUUUGUUAAGAAUUUUAUAAUGGCCGUCUUACUGCAUUCAACCUCAGCAGCAGUGGUGCCUUGCGAGAGGCCUUUUUGACAGGAAAUGACAUUAAUUCCACAUUUUUGCCAAGAUUUUGGCUUCUAAAGGCAAUGGUCUUACACUUUUGAUCAGCUGAUGAACAGCCUAUUUCAGUUUAAUGGUUGCUAGCCAUAAAUUGCUUACUCAAAUUGUUUUUGUCUUACUCCCAUUUCGUCUUUUUACAUUUUUGAAGCUCUAAUUAGAACCUUCCAGAAGAUCCAACAGUGCAAAAAUGUUCUUGUAGUUUUUCAACUCGUUUUAAAAUUUUGAGAUAGAAAUAUUUGACAUAGAAAGAAUGAGAGACCAUUUUUUUUUAUUACUUUCUUCAAAGUCUACAUACACAAAGAUGACACAAAGUUUUUAAACAAUAUGCGAAAGCCCACACGAUGACAUGGCUUUGGAAGCUUCUGGUAGGCUUACGGACAACAUUUGAGUUAGAUGGAGGCACAUCUGUUUAUUUAUUUUAAGACCACACCCAAAACACACAGUUUCUUUGACUUUAUAGGAAAAUCAAAAGAAAUCGGCCAACAAAUAAUUGUGAAUCCCCACAAGUCUGGUUCUUCCUGAGGUGCAAUUUCCAGAUGCUUGAAGGUGCUGCUCAUCUGUUCAAACAAUUAUUUGCAAGUAUAAACAACAUGGGAAACGUCCAACCAUCAUACUGUUUAGGAAGGGGAUGGGUUUUGUGUCCCAGGGAUGAACAAAUUUUGGUCCAAAAUGUGCGAAUCAACCCCAGAACCAAAGCUAAAGUCCAGCAGUCUCUGCACCGAUUUGCCUGUCAAUUUCACACUCUGCUCUUCCCUGACUCAUGCACAAGAUCCCAAGAUACUUGAACUCCUCCACCUGGGGCAAGACCUCACUCUUGACCCACAAGGUGCAAUCCACCGUUUUCUGGUUGAGAACCGUGGCCUCGGAUUUGCAGGUGCCGAGUCUCAUCCCAAAAGCUUCACACUCAGCUGUGAACCGCCACCAUAAACGCAAAAGGUCACAGCUUGAUGAGGCCAUCAGGAUCACAUAAUCCGCAAACAGCAGAGAUGGGACCCUAAAGCCCCCAAACUGGACACACUCAAUGCCUUGGCUACGCCUAAAAAUUAUGUCCAUAAAAAUAAUGAACAGAACCGGUGGCAAAUGGCAGCCUUGGCGUAGGUCAGUGGUUCUCAUGCUCCACUGCCGGACAAAAAUGUUUUCACGCUUCCCUCCCCCGGAUAUGAAAUACUAUUGAGAAAUUUAUAUCUAUUUAUCUGUAGUGUACAGACUGAUCUCAAAACUAAAACCAGUGAAAUGCAACAAAAUGGAGAGCAGUGAAGCAUACAAGCGUAUUUAAGUGUCAAAUUGCAUGCAGAGUACAACAAAUUCAUACAUGUUGGCAGGUCUGCAGUGAUAUUGAAAGUCCUGCCUGCCUAUCACGCCCCCUCUGACAGUUCACCACGAAUCAAAACAAAUGAUACACAGA